UUCUUCCCUCUCCUGGUUCGCUCCGUUCACUCAAUUCGAAGAGAGGGGGAGAAAGCGAGUGUUCGAGAGAGAGAGAUAGAGAGAGAGAGAGAGAGAGAUGGAGUCAACGUGGAGCAGAUCCUCCGGCGAGGGUUCCGGCGAGGGUUCCGGUGGGGCGGCGUCGUCGGCGUCGUUGGGGGAGAUCAUGGAGCGGAUCCGAUCGGACGACCGGGAGGGGAGGAUCGAGGCGGCGAGGGAGAUCCGACGGCUCACGAAGACGUCGUCGCGGCACCGGCGGUGGCUCUCCGGCGCCGUGCCGCCGCUCGUGGCGAUGCUCCGGUCGGGGAGCGAGGAGAGCGCCGAGGCCGCGAUCCUCGCGCUCCUCAAUCUCGGCGUCAAGGACGAAAGGAACAAGAUCAACAUUGUCGAAGCUGGGGCCCUCGAACCAAUAAUCCAUCUCCUGCAAUCUCCAAACCCUGAUCUCCAGGAAUACGCCACUGCUGCUGUCCUCACCCUCACCGCCUCUUCCGCCAAUAAACUGGCCAUCACCACAACAGGUGCCAUCCCUCUCCUUGUAGAAGUGCUAAAAGAGGGAAAUGCUCAAGCCAAGGCUGACGCUGUCACAGCCCUCUACAAUCUCUCCACACUCCCAGAUAACCUCAAGGCCAUUUUAUCAGCCAAAGCUAUCCCUCCUCUCAUUAACUUACUCAGAACAAUAAAAAAAUCCUCAAAAACUGCCGAAAAAUGCAGUGCCCUCAUAGAACCACUGCUCAAUUUCGAGGAAGGGCGGAAUGCUUUGAUAAAUGAAGAAGGCGGAGUGCUCACAGUAGUCGAAUUACUCGAGGAGGGCUCUCUCCAGAGUAAAGAGCACAUAGUGGGAGCCCUUCUAACAAUGUGCGAAAGCAAUCGGAGUAAGUAUCGAGAGAUUAUUCUUAAAGAGGGUGUAAUCCCCGGCCUAUUAGAGCUAACUGUUAAGGGCACUCCCAACGCGCAAUACAAAGCUCGCAAACUAUUGCAGCUACUAAGGGAUUCGCCGUACCCAAGGUCCGAGUUUCAGGCCGAUACUAUCGAGAACAUUGUGAGCAACAUUGUGGCUCAUAUUGAUCGAGACGAUCGGGCAGGGAAGGCGAAGAAGAUGCUAGCGGAGAUGGUGCAGGUUAGCAUGGAGCAGAGUUUGAGGCAUUUGCAGCAGAGGGCUUUGGUGUGUACACCAAGUGAACCGCCCCUGAGUAAAUGCCCCUCUGGGGUUCCAUUCAAGUGAUUCACUCAAAUUACCUGUGGGUGUGAACUGUUUCUUCCUCUUGUUUUUUCUCUUCUUGUUUUAUGAGCUAUGGAGAAAAAUUUUGGAUAGAUACAAUAAAAGUUACAGUGUGCCAGUCCAGGCCAUGAUGGUACCAGGUGACUGGUUUAAUUGUUAAUAAUCUGUUAUUGUACUUGUGUUUAUGCAUUCUGGAUUGGACGGUUCCGUGUAUUAUAUCAUAAAACACUACCACUUUGUGCAGUUAUUUUAUAUUAAUGUACAUUUGGUUAUACCUUUCUUUUUA